AUGAAUACUGUAAUGCGUGCACCGAAAUCUGGCUUUGCUCAUGACGUAUGGGAGAAGAUUCAAUCGAAGUAUAACGUUACACAGGCUCAUGAAGCUUUGGAAUGGAUUAGUGAAAUGAUUAGUGAACAAUUUGAUACUAGCGGUGAUAUGGAUAAUGUUUAUAGUCAAUUAAAAGAUGGUCGUAAACUUUGCCAACUAAUGAAUUCAAUAGUACCAGAUUCGAUUCGAAAAAUUAAUAGUGGUGAAAAUAGCUUUAAACUAAUGGAAAAUAUAGCACGUUUUGCUGAAGCAGCUAAAACUUAUGGACUAUCUGAUACCGAAACAUUUCAAACAGUUGAUUUAUAUGAAAAAAUGAAUCUUCAUCAAGUUAUUGUUUGUCUUUUUGCACUAGGUCGAAAAGCUCAAAAACAAGGAAUACGGGGUUUAGGUCCUAAAGAAAGUGAUAAAAAUGAACGAACUUUUUCAGCAGAAACAUUAAAACAAGGUAACAUGGUAAUCAGUACUCAAUAUGGAUAUAACAAAGGAGCAACACAAUCAGGCAUCGUUUUCGGCAAUACACGCCAUAUGUAA